UGCCCUGCCUCCAUCCCUCCCUCCCUCACGCCUCACGCUCGCUCACGUCCCAACCGUGAGCGGCGAGCUGGUGACGGACGAGAUUCCUUCUUUCUGCCUGGAUUCCCCGAUUUUCAAGCUCCGGUUUAUUUUGUCCUCGCGGCCGAUAUCGGAGCGGCGAGGUCGGCGCGUCGGAGCUCCCUCGGCCGCUCAGCUCGUCUUUGCGCAGCACCUCCGUAGUUAUGGAUUGAUUGGUGUUUUUUCUUCCGACCUCUGCCUCCAACCAAGUUGCGAAAAGAAAGAGUGUGCACAACCUGCGGCUCCCUCUUUCCCAGCUCCAUGUUUUACCCGGACUCUUUUCUAAGUACCUGGCUCCGGAUGCGUCUUCACGGUUUGCCGUUUUGAACUUUUUCUUCCUCGGCUUGGAUUUUUGAGGAACGGAUUUCGUUGAGAAGCCGGGAUUCCUGAAGCCUGCCAACAUUUUUUUGUGAAAAGUGAUGGCCGAGCGGGGAGCUCUGUGGCUCCUCUCCUGUCUCACCUUUCUGUGCACGGAGAGUACGGCGGCCAAGCAUGUCGACAAAGCAUCAGCAGCACAGCCUUUCAGCCCAUUCUGGUUCACAGUGGAGCCCCAGGACGUGGUGGCCAUUCGAGGGAACUCUGCGCUGCUCAACUGUUCGGCACACAGCGACGUAACCGCGCCAGCACGCAUAGAGUGGAAGAAAGACGGCACCUUCAUGAGUCUGGUUUCGGAUGAGAGACGGCGAAUACUUCCUGAUGGUUCCCUAUUCUUCACCCAUGUAGUUCACUCAAAGCACAACAAACCUGAUGAGGGCACUUACCAGUGUGUGGCCACCAUUGAAAACCUGGGAUCCAUUUCUAGUCGCACAGCACACCUCUAUGUUGCAGGAAUGCCCAGGUUCGCCAGCCAGCCAGCACCUACCACUGUGCGUCAAGGUGACAGCCAAAUCAUGGCCUGUGAGGUCAACACAGACCUGGUGCCUUUCACCCGCUGGGAGAAAGAUCGUCAGCCCCUGGAGCUCAACUCAAGGCUGGUCCAGCUAUCCACUGGUGCCUUGGUCAUCAGCAAUGCCACAGAAAGUGAUUCUGGUCUUUACCGCUGCUUAGUGGAGAAUGUGGGGUCAUCAAAGUCCAGCGAAGAGGCACAGCUCCAGAUCCUGCCUGAAACUGGAGAUGAGAGAAAGAUGGAGUUCCUUGUGCAGCCUGUGCCUGUGACUAAGGUGCUGGGCACCAGUGUUUUGCUGCCCUGUGUGGCCACGGGUUUUCCAACACCACAUGUGCGAUGGAUGUUUCAAGAUAAACUGCUUGAGGAAAGUGAGGGCCACAGAGAAUUGCUUGGAGGUGGCAGUCUUCAGAUAUUCAAUCUCAAAGAGGACGACGCUGGCAUCUACACCUGUGUGGCUGACAACGCCAAUGCAACAAUCGAAGCCCAGGCUCAACUCACUGUGCAAGUUCCUCCCCAGUAUGUGAAAAGGCCAGCCAACAUUUAUGCCCAUGAGUCCAUGGACAUCGUGUUUGAGUGCGAAGUCAGCGGUGCCCCAGCCCCCACUGUGAAAUGGGUGAAGAAUGGCGAUGCUGUUAUUCCAAGUGACUACUUCAAAAUUAUUAAAGAACAUGAUCUACAGGUUCUAGGCCUGGUCAAAUCUGAUGAGGGUUUCUACCAGUGUCUGGCAGAAAAUGAUGCAGGAAACAUUCAAUCCAGCGCCCAACUCAUCAUCUUGGAUCACGACGUAGCCCUGCCCCCACUCCCUCCCCCCUCACUGACUCCUAACACUACUGACCAUGUAACGCCAGGCUCUGGGGGUGUAGCUGGUCCAGCGGGACCCACUCCCUCCGCCCCCCGCGAUGUCGUGGCUUCGCUGGUUUCCACCCGCUUCAUCAAGCUUACCUGGCGCCCGCCGGCUGAACCGCACGGAGACGAGCUAACCUACUCUGUUUUCUACAGCCAGGAGGGCAUAAGCAGGGAGCGAGUUGUAAAUACAAGCCGGCCAGGGGAGUUGCAGGUCACCAUCCAGAGCCUGAUGCCAGACACCAAAUAUCGCUUUAGAGUUGUUGCUCAUAACAUCAACGGCCACGGGGAAAGCUCUGCCGGACUAAAGGUGGCCACCCAGGCUGAAGUUCAAGUACCCGGCCCGGCCCCAAAUCUGCAGGCGGCAUCGAAUACACCUACCUCUGUCACUCUGAGUUGGGAGAAACCCCUGACUGGCAAUGGAGAGGUCCUCACCUACAAGUUGUAUUACACCGACAAAAGCAUUGGCAAUGAACAGGACGUUGACGUGGAUGGUGUAUCGUAUACCAUGACCGGGCUGAAGAAAAACACACAGUACAGUUUCCGUGUGGUUGCAAACAACAAGCACGGUCCAGGUGUCUCUACUGAUGAUAUAAUGGUCCGCACACUGUCUGACGUGCCAAGUGCCCCUCCUCAAAAUUUCACUCUGGAGGUUCAGAACUCAAAGAGCAUCAUGCUUCGGUGGCAGCCCCCGCCCUUAAAUUCCCAGAAUGGAGAAAUCACUGGAUACAAGAUCCGAUACCGCAAAGGAUCACGGAGAAGUGAGGCAGCUGACACCACCGGGGGGACCCAGCUUUCCAAGCUUAUUGAUGGUCUCGAGCGUGGGACAGAAUAUUCCUUCCGGGUAGCUGCCAUAACCGUGAACGGCACGGGCCCAGCCACUGACUGGACUACAGCAGAGACAUUUGAAAGUGACCUGGAUGAAUCUCGGGUCCCAGACCAGCCCAGCUCUCUACAUGUCCGUCCGCUGGUCAACAGCAUAGUGGUGAGCUGGACGCCACCAGAGAACCAGGAUAUUGUCGUACGUGGCUACAGUAUUGGCUACGGCAUUGGCAGCCCUCAUGCUCAGACCAUCAAAGUAGAUUACAAGCAGCGCUACUACACUAUUGAAAACCUUGACCCCAGCUCCCAUUAUGUGAUCACACUCAAGGCCUUCAACAACGUUGGUGAAGGGAUUCCUGUAUAUGAGAGCGCCAUCACAAGGCCACAGUCAGACCCCAUAGACCCUGAUGUUGACCUGUACGAACUCUUCCAUGCUCCAUACACCCCAGUACCAGAUCCCACUCCUAUGAUGCCACCUGUGGGUGUUCAGGCGUCUGUGCUGAGCCACGACACCAUCAAGGUGACCUGGGCGGACAACUCGCUGCCCAAGAACCAAAAGAUCACCGAUAACCGCUACUACACAGUGCGAUGGAAGACCAACAUUCCUGCCAACACUAAAAUGAAGAUGGCCAACACCACUAGCCUGAACCAUGUGGUGACAGGACUGAAGCCCAAUACGCUGUACGAGUUCUCCGUUAUGGUGACCAAAGGCCGACGCACCAGUACAUGGAGCAUGACAGCACAGGGAACCACGUUUGAAACCAUUCCCAGCUCCUCCCCCAAAGAUGUGACAGUGGUGAGCAAAGAGAACAAACCUCGGACUAUCAUCAUCAAUUGGCAGCCUCCCUCAGAGGCCAACGGAAAGAUCACUGGUUACAUCAUCUACUACAGCACAGAUGUCAAUGCUGAGGAUCACGACUGGGUUGUUGAACCUGUGGUGGGCAACCGCUUGACCCACCAGAUCCAGGACCUGACUCUAGACACAACAUACUACUUCAAGAUUGAGGCUCGAAACUCAAAGGGCAUGGGCCCAACAUCUGAGGCCGUACAGUUUAGAACCCCAAAGACUGAAUCCUCUGACAAAAUGGCUAAUGACCAAGCAUCAAAUCUUCCAUCAAAGCCUGGACCUCCAGGCAACCAACUUCCCCUUGAUCCUGGAUCAGCAGUUGGAAAAGGAAUGGGAAACAGUGAAAAUCACAUCCUGGUCAUCGUCAUCAUCAUCUCAGUGGGAGCGUUCACCAUCAUCUUGGUGGUUGUGGGGGCUUUCCUGUGCACAAGGCGCACCACUUCACACCAGAAAAAGAAGCGGGCAGCCUCCAAGUCCUCCAAUGGCUCACACAAAUACAAAGGCAACUCCAAGGACCUGAAACCGCCUGAUCUCUGGAUCCACCACGAGCGACUGGAGCUCAAACCAAUGGACAAGUCACCAGAGCCAAACCCAGUCAUGACUGAAACACCAAUCCCCCGCACUUCCCAAGACAUUACGCCAGCUGACAGCGGCAUGGACAGCAACUCCCACCUACAGCAGAGGCGAAACUCCUACCGUGGCCAUGAAUCAGAGGACAGCAUGUCGACCCUUGCAGGCCGGCGGGGGAUGAGGCCUAAAAUGAUGAUGCCUUUUGAUGCACAGCCUCCUCAGCCUGUAAUUAGUGCUCAUCCCAUCCAUUCCCUCGAUAACCAUCAGCACCAUUAUCACAUGGGCAGCCUGGCGUCGCCCACGCGCAGCUACCUCUACCACCAAGGCGGCGGGCACCCUCGCUCAUAUGCCUGCAGCCCCAUCUCCCAUCUAGACAGGGUGGACUCCACAGAAUCGGUGAGGAAUACACCUUGUUCAGAGCCUCUUCCUCCAGCCGCUUCGUCCUCGCAGGCCUCCUGCCCCUCAGAGAUCUUGGCCGACCCCGAGGGCAGCUACCACGGCUCCACCACCACAGAGGAGGAGUCCUGCUACACCAGCAACCUGCCACCCCUGCGCUCGGCCCACCCGCAUGCCCACGCUCACCCUCUGAAGAGCUUCGCCGUGCCUGCCGUGCCACCUUCGAGUCACCCUUGCUUCGAGUCUCCUGCCCUGCCUAGCACUCCUUUGCUAGCUCAGACUGGGCCUCCCUCACAUCCCCAUGUGGUUAAAACAGCCUCCAUCGGGACUCUAGGAAGGACUCGAACGCCAAUGAUGGUCAAUGUUCCUAACGCCCCCGACGUACCUGAGACCAGCAAGAUGCUGGAAGACGUCGAUAGCGUGCUUGCCUCCCUGCCCCCCUGCCCCUCCCCCGCCCCUCGCAGUAACCCUGUUCCUCUCCCUCAGAGCUACGAGCCCGACGAGCUGACUGAGGAAAUGGCCCACUUGGAAGGUCUCAUGAAAGACCUCAACGCCAUCACCACAGCGCCAUGAGUGUCCACACAAACACACGCACACAUAUACAUUCGUACACCUCACAGAUACAACCAUUGUGACAGGAAAGUCAACAAAAAUAAACCUUUGGGAGCAAGUAGCCCUUGGACACAAAAUGACUUCUGUGCCCCCCCCUCCAGGAAAAAAACAAACUUCACCCUGAAACAACAACAAAAAAUAAACUCCUAGGAACUUUUUCCGGCUCACCUUUCUCAGUCUCAGGAAGGAGAUGGCCAUUGGAGGGAAAGCAAAGUGUGAGACUCUUCAUGUUUUUAUGAAGAACCGGUAUCGGAGACAAUGAACUCGGUCAAAAAGAUUGUGAAUCCCACUUCCUCAGCAAAAAGGCAAACAGAUGUUUUGUUUGUUUGUUCGGUGCCACAUGACGAUGCACGUCUUGUCAACAAGUUUAACAACAUGCUGGUGUUGGUCCACGCGGUCUCUUUGUGUUUUUUUGUGCAUUUUGUAUAUCUAUUGGGACGUUUCAGUGAAGUGAACAUUGGCAAGCCGCUUUCUUUACAAGCCAACAUUAUUCCAACAUGUAGUCAUGUAUGUGUGUAUCCCCUUCUAUCAUGAUUUUGUAUUGUUUUUGUACCUUAUUGUAUUCUUUUUUAUUAUUUUUUACACACAUAUCCUUUUAGACAUGUACAUAUUUUUUUUAAACUGUCUCAUUGUUUUAUUUGGGAUACAAGUGUCAAAAAGGAUUACCACCAUUUUGAAAGUUUUCUUUCUAGCGGGGUCUCCCUUCUAAAAGCCUUACCGCCGUGUUAGCAGGUCGGGAGGUGGAGGUGACUCGGACUCAGGGUGCUGCCCCCAAGCUCCUUCUUUCCCUUACAUUGCAGUCAAACAAUCACCUACAACAAAACAGCUGUCUUUUCUAUGAAAUAUAUGUGAAUGUGUGUAUUUUGGGAGUUUACACUUCAUUCUAGUGCCCCUUAAUAAAUGCAACACAGUGGUUCUAUGGCACAUCAUACCCAUGUUGGCCUUUAGAAUGGGAAUCCCACUGAGUUUUAUGUGCAUCAUCAUUUUGGGAUGAAGAAAAAAAAAAUCUAUUCACAAGCUUGAUGUCAAGUCUACUUUCCUAGCAUUCUGUUACCCAAAGAAAUUUUCUCAUUUUUGCAAUCUCUACUUUUACGAUGUUUUUCACAAACGUCCAUCGUCAUGAAUGUCAAUAUAAAUGUAAGAGAUUUUGGCAAUGGAUACAUCUUUUUUGAAUAGCGGGGGGCUCACCUAUGACUGAAAACAAAGCAGAGGGAGUGAGAAAAAAGGACCGGACUCCAUUUGGGAAAUAAUCUAUUGAGUUGUUAACAGUUGAACCUGUAUUGCACUUUUUCACCGUUUUUGGAAAGUACAUUUCUUACAUAUCUUGUGUUUUGAAUAUCAAAUGCUGUUUGUGUAAUGUAGUGUCAUAUAGGUAAAGCAGCUGGCAGCUGGUCUUGUUUUUCAUGUUGGUUUUAUGUUUUUAUUUUUUCCCGCUCCAGAAAUGAGAAUUGAGUGUGACUUUGCAGCUCAUGAUGAGGAAUGAUGUUGUCGCUUGUUGGUGUACAGAGCUUUCUUUGAUUUCUGUAGGAAAUUCAGUGGAUUUUUAAGAAAACAUUGGGGAGAAAAAAUGUCUGGGGAAAUUUUGUUUUGUUUUUUUAUUGGUGUAUACAAGCUAUUAUGAAUACUAACAAAAUAAACGUUUCUCAUUGUUUUAUUUGCUCACAUAUACGGGGAAAAAAAGGGCCGAGCAGUUGACACCUUGUAUGCAAUUGUUGUGGCACUGGCUACCACAUUCUGUACAUGCAUAAUAUACACUGGUACCUCUACUUACAAGCGUCUCUAGAUACAGAAUUUUCAGGUU